AUGGUGCCUCGGGAGAUGGUCGUGGAUGUAUUGGAUGUUUCGCCGCAGGAGCUAGCUAACGGAAUCUCUAUCCGCUACCUGGAUGAGAGCACGUACGUGUACAGCAUUGAGGACCGCCGGCCCAUCCGCUCCGCCAUCGUGCUGUUGAUGGGCAACCAGGUCCUGUACGUCAUGCCGCACGCACGGAACCUCCAGGUCAAGGUCGCCAACUCGCUGACGACGUCGCAGAUAUUGAUCACCUACGAAAUCGGCGGCGGGAUGUUCGAGCGCCGAUACGACGAAGAGUUGUACUCCAGUCUGUCGAAUGUAUUCUGGAACCGUGUUUUCACUCCGCAGGUGUUCUGCGUCUUCAGGAAGGAGGACCCCGCCCCGGAGGACUAUUCCUUCUUCACCCAACUGGCCAACGUUCUCCAGAGCCUGUGGACCUUCGGCAUCGCAAAGACGCAGCCGCAGACAGUCGAGCAGCAAUACGAGACUCCGGCCACUAAAGUCGACCUGUCUGACCCGUCUACGUACGCCAAUAUGGCUACCGCUAAGGAUUGGCGCCGACACAACAACGUUAAGGUGAUGUGCGCCUCAUUCGAAAAUACGGACCACUUGUGGAAUGGCGUAUACUUCUACAAGACCAAGAUCCCUAUCCCACGCUUGUGCUCGCAGUUCACUGUGUGCCACUCGGAUGCUAUCGAUGGGGCAUAUCAUCUCAUCAGCGCAUCGUUAAUGGGUGACAUAUGGGUCGAGGCGUUCUACAGCGUCUAUGGCGUCGGUACCAACGCCGCAUACGUGAUGCCUGUCGUUGACUCCAACGUCUUCGACGGUUUCCAAGAGCUGCCAAGCCGCCAAAAACGGGUCGUUAAGGGUCGUAUAGGUGACGGAUUCACCCUAGAUGCGGACAAGGCUCCGGGUGCCCAUUCGCCCCUCGAGUUGCGCGAAGUCGGAAACGGCAAGUACUACCGAUACAAGGACCCCUCGGAGAGUGACGACAACCGCCCUGCAUACGUGGAAAAGGUCAAAUUCCACAACAUCGAGUACGCGCUGCCAGAAGGGCACACGUUCGUGCUCCUAGCCCUCACCACCCCGAUGCUCGCGACCAACUAUGCCACCCUGGUGACCCGUCAAGGCUUCGCCUACUCGCUGAAGAAGUGGUACGGAACCAAAAUGAGCCACCUGCGUCCCGUUGAGAUCAACGAGCUUGGUAUGUUGGCGAGCUCUUUCGUCGACAUCUACCCGUUGUUGAAUCGGAAGGCCGACGGCAGCAGCAACGCGGACCGUCAGGGCUCCAGCGCCGUGCGGGGAGACAUCAUCUGCCUGACAGAUAGUGUACAACACCAGAAACAGUCUUCGAGCCUAUGCACGCCUCUGAAGGAACUCACGAACACCCAGCUCUUGGUGGACCGCUCCGGCAUCACCAUCCUGAAGGUGAAGCCCAAUGCGCCAAGCGGUUUGGUGCUUGUCGGGAACUCGAUUAUCGAUGUAUCCGAAUUCAACCUGAGCUCUGAGACGACCAUUUACUUCGAGCACCACAAUCACACCCCGAUGAGUGUCGCCAUAGCCAACGCCGACUCGGGUGUUCGUGCCAUGCGCGAGACGGUGAAGGGAUCAGGCAAUUUCGCAGCCAUGGAGAACGUCAUUUUCGGCGCACCGCAGCAUGGCAAAACGGUUGACGUGAACCUGGCGAGCUCACUCGUCGAAAUGGGUCCGGGACUCACGUGGGAGCAUCAGCCGCUGCAGAAUGUAUGGGUACUGCGCCCGCAGUACCACCCCGAGGUAUCCAUCGGAUCUGUCAUGUACUACAACUGCCGGGUGGCGCCGCCGCAGAACAGAGGGUACAGCUUUAUUGUCGCUCCUUCCGGCGACAGCCCAUCCGCCGCCGCCUACUUCGCCCCGACGGCCAGCAAUGUCAAGGCCGCUGUCAUGUUGAAGCACACUUUCAUAGGCGGCUACCCCGCCUGCAGUGUCGAGCCACUGGAACACACUCCCACACCCCUGGGGGCACAAAACGUGAGGAGGGAAAACUUCGACACGCUGUUCAAUACCACAAGCAAUUAA